UUGCGAGACUAUAAAUAGACACCCCCCAGCAGUGCAUACAUAAAAUUUUGCGUCGGCAUAUUUCCAUUUGCAAUCACUGCGUAGUCAGUGUUACCGAGAAAAUUCAGGCAUCUCAUGCAAACCCCAGUUCAACUCAGCAGUCAAAAUGAACGCUGGGGGAUAUGAUGAGGAGCUGAUAGAGUUUAUAAACCUCAGCACUACGGAGAAGGAUGUACUAACCUGCAAUGUGUGCUGGAAUGUUGUUCGGAAAGCAGUUCGAUGUGGAGAAUGUGAGAAAUAUUUCUGUGGCGGUUGCAUCCAUAACUGGAACAAGGAGGGACGGAACAGUUGCCCAACUUGCCGAAAAUCUAUGACCAGGAACUUCGGACCUGACCUUGAAGUGGACGCUAGGCUAGAGAGAGAGGGUGUUAGGUGUAAGAAGUGCCCUUGGAACGGGCUGCUGGUCCAGUGGGGCGAUCAUCGGUGCUGUGAAGGACACAGGCCUCAAUCUAGCAGUAAUAACGUAGACGUGGUUGGAGAACUGUACGGAACGCUUUCCUCCGGGGACCAAGUGCUGAGUGAAGAAGAAGAAGAAAUGAUGAACAUUCUCCUAACAGCUGGCAUCGUGACUGGAGAUGAUCUUCAUUCUCCGAAUGGUCAGCGUCGACCUGUGCCCGAGUUGCGGGAAAUUCUUCAGGCCGCAAUGAGGCGCCGUUACAGACAUCUUCCGCCCCUCCUACACCGUCCGGGAUUACGACGUUUAAUACUGCUUUCCACCAGACCACACAAUCGGAGAGCCCCUUUCCCGGAACAAGGUCCCUCAAAUGGAGGGGCACAUGGUGAUUCCUUGACAACGGAAGAAUCCGAGAUUCUUGAUGCUCUUCUUACGUCCGGAGUACUUACGUCCGAGGACCUUGCCGUAGCUGAGAGUCAGAACAUAUCUAGGAAGCAGUUGCUUAGAAGGUUUAUCAAGGAACAACAACAAGCCUAUACAUGUGCCACGCCCCACAGAGAAAGACGGCGCCAUAGACACCCCCUGCUUUUAAUUUUCGGUCCCGGUGCAGCGCAUGCUGGUUUACGUAGACAGUUUGUUCCUACAGAUAAUUUGGAUGAUGAAGUUGCCCCACACCAUUUCGUCCGUCUUACUGGCCACCGCUUCCCCGAUGAACUAGUGGCUCCCCAUCAUCACCAUACUGACCACGAAUUUCCGUUAAAUGGGGCUAGUAGUGCUUUGCUCGGAUUGAACGGGAAUCAGCGUGGCCAUGUCGGUUUGGAUAUGAAUAACACUGAGGAAGAGUCAGAAGAAUCGGAUCCAGCAUUGCCUGCUGAUGGCUGCUCCAUUACAUGAAUGGCACGGGAAAUUACUUGACAGCCCGACUCGAAGGAAAGACGUACUUUGAUUGUGUAAUUUAUGUUGCACCGGGGCUUGUGUAUGUACAUGUUCUAAAUAAGUAUGUUAUGUGAUAUGUUACUAAAAAGUUUGUCUAAUUAAGUUGAGGGCAAGCACAAAUGAAGUCCUGUCACAAAUUUGAAAAUUUGUAUAUUAUAUAUAGGCUAUUUAUUAAGUCUCAAGUUAACUGUUUUUUUUUCAUUAGCAUGUAGGAUAGGCAUUUCAGAUCUACUGUAUGAAAAUAUUUAUGUUGCAAUCAUGGUGACAGGAUAAUCAAUUGAAUCUGAACAUUUUCCUUGAAAUUUUAUUUAAAAUAGUUUGAUCUCAGAAGUAUAUUUAUGAACAAACAUUACAAGGUUUUUUUAAUGUUCUAAUCGAAAUUGUAUAGCUAAAAAGUACACGAAAAGCGUUCUUGAAAAUCCCUAUAUUUUUCCUCUGGCGGAAGAAAAACGAAAUAUGAUUUAUAAAGAAGUUUUAAUUAAAAUAUCCUCAUUACAAGCUGUGUUUCAUUUCCUAUCAAAGCAAGUUCUAAGCGUUCCUGAUCAGUGAUAAAUGUUACUGUUUUACAUUUCAAAUAGAUAGUUGUAUUUGUUGUAUAGCUUAAAUGCCCAUAUGCAUCUAUGUAUGUUCCAAUACGUAAAACAAUGAAGUGAAAAUUAGAUCAAAUGAAAUUUCUUUGCAUUAAAUUUUUCAAAAUGGAAA